UGAAUCGGCUCUAUCAGGACUUUCUAUACGAAAAGGAUACGAACCAUGAGAAGACUAACCUAUAUCAUUGGCCGGCUUGUUUACCAGAUUCAGCCGCAGUCACUAUGCUAUACCCUGUCGGUAUUGCGCCUCAGCCUAGAUGCCACGAUGCUCUACCCCGCUGCUUGCUGACCUACCUCUUCUCAUCCCCUUCUGUCUACACGGCUAACCAAACGUUUCUUGCUCACUAUCGAAUAUUCUGCUUCUACUAUUACCGUGAUAAAUAUCCCUGUGGAAUUCCUUCCAUUUCGAUUGAUAAUUGAUACAUCGACAAUUGCUGCAACCAUGUCAGCUCUACCACCGAGCAAAUCCCAGCAUUCCUCGGUCGAAGAUCUUGUUGCUGCUUUACAGGCUUAUUGGUACUACGAGGAAUCUAUGUUGAUAUCCUUCAUUAUGCUUAAUUUGAACACUAUUGAUCUCCCGGUCAACAGUCGAACUGCACUUUCGUACGCCGUCGAAACUCCGUAUACCGAUUGUGUUCGUAUCCUAUUGCAGUACAGCCAUUCCAGCACCAUAAAUCAACCCGAUGCAACGGGCCGAACUGCGCUUUCGUAUGCGGCGACUGCAGAGGUCAACCAAAUUAGAAAACCAAUUCAGAGACCGCUGGGCCCGGGUCGCGAUUUGAACUCUAUGUCGAGGGAAAGUAUCAGACUCUUGAUAGAUAAGAAAGCGGAUCCCCGAAGUCAGGAUCAAACCGGCCGAACGCCUCUGUCAUGGGCCGCCGGAAUGGGAUGCGAAGCAACAGUUAGAUUUUUCUGCAACGAGUACAAAGAAGGUGAUGCCGUAUUCGCCGCGGAUCAUGACGGCCGAACGCCUCUUUCAUGGGCCGCCGGAAUGGGAUGCGAAGCAACAGUUAGAUUUUUCUGCAAUGAGUACAAAGAAGGUGAUGCCGUAUUCGCCGCGGAUCAUGACGGCCGAACGCCUCUGUCAUGGGCCGCCGGAAUGGGAUGCGAAGCAACGGUUAGAUUUUUCUGCAACGAGUACAAAGAGGAUGAUGCCGUAUUUGCCGCGGAUCAUGGCGGCCGAUCGCCUGUGUCUUAUGCUGCACAGGCUGGAAACCACUAUGUCGUCAGGAAACUUUUCAAUACAAAAAAAAACUAUGACGAUUGCGAUCAUGAGAAUCGGACACCUUUGUACUGGUGUCUUCAGGAACGGUGGAGGAAUGACCAAUCUAAGAACAAGCCUAUUCCGCGUGAUGCCGCAAUGUACUCGUGUCUCCCGCCAAACUUCAUCUCAAAACAUCGCUCUAGAAUGCCGCCGAAAUCGAGCGAACAGGGUAUUGUCAAGAUACUGAACCAGUCUGUCAAAAGAAAGAUGACCUUGUUAUCAGAAGCUGUUAUGCAUGAUGACAAGUAUGCCGUGGAAGUCCUCAUAAGCAUACCGCAUUUCACCUGUGAUGCGAUUAACGAGGAAGGGGGGGAGACAGCACUUAUUCUUGCACUCCGUUACGGUAAAAAACCCAUCUUUAGAUUAUUAUGUGGCAAUCUGGGGGAAUCACUCGAGCAAAUAAAGCGCCACUCAUCAUCUGAAAAAAUAUUUCAGCGUUUCCUGGAGGUCGGCAAGGAUUGGCUCAAAUAUUCGACUAUGAAAUACGAAGGCUUGUCUAAAAUAAGACAGUUUCUUCGAGCUUCACUUGAAGAGCUUCUGCAAUAUAAGGAAGUUGAAAAGGUCGAGCAACGACUCGGAAGAUUGAUUGAUACACUUCGAGUCCCUCUGACUGAGCUGAAUUGGGUGAUCGACUCUGAAUGUAGUCUACGAGAAACAGUGGCGAAUAUAAAGCAGAUCAGUCUUCUCCAUGUCCUUCUGGAACAUGGCGUUGACCCAGCUACGCUGUGUCUCACAGGAAACUGGUUCAAUUUACAUCCCACUGAUGCAAAGGCUUCUUUGCAAUUGUGGCAACUGCCAGAGCCUGAAAAGUAUUCAUACCAUCGAACGCAAACGCAAACGCAACCGAUACCCAGACGCAGGAUAGACCCCUCCAUGCGAAAGCUGACUAGAGAGCAGGAGCAAUCUCUAACAUGGGGUCUAUCUCAGAAGAAACAGCCCACACAUGGCAUGAAACUCAGAACACCAGAUGAAUUGGAACACAUUCAAUGCUGUGAAAAUUCCAAGACAACGAUUCUUGCACACAACGAGCGAGACGCCUGGGAAAAUUUCUCCGACAAAAGGCGAGAUGGCAGUAUUGAAUCACGAACAUGUCACACAACCUUUAGUAUACUUCUUCAAUCCACGGAAAAUAGCUCGAUGUGUAAUCUCCAAGGAUUAGAGCAGACCUUAUGGGGAGUCCAGUGGACAAUUCCUCAUGAAAACCAGCAUAAUCCCUUCUACAAUAGCUCAUUGUCAAAGAUCUGGAUUCCCGAGAGUAUCUCAGAGUUCCUGAAGCAGUUUUGGGAAGAAUUUGAUGAAGAGUGGGAGCGAUACUGCGAUUCAACCGAAACCCAUUUAGUGGAACAUCGACAACAAUUUGCUAAGGGAUCAUUGGACCCCAAGCAUAUCAAUGAUCUAGGACGUGAUCUUCUAUAUCUUGCGCAUCUACGGCGUACCCUUCACUAUCAGCUGAAGACCAUCGAGGCCGAAAUGAAACGCUACUAUAGCACCGUGGUAAAAGAUGAUCGCGAAGACAAGAAUAAAUCCUUACAGAGUAAUCUCAGAUCGAUUAAGCUGUAUUACACAGAAAAGCUCGACCGAUUUGAACACACCAUCAAUUCUAUAUCGCAGAUGGAGUAUACUCGCCAAUCUAUUCACGAGGCCACCUUUAUAAGAAGGAUCAGUGUUGUGACUUUCGUUUAUCUACCUCUGAUGUUUACUGCAUCCCUUUUCGGUAUGAACGUCAAUGCCACAGAAGGAUCUCCAGGAUGGCAGUGGUUUCUGCCUUUUGCCGCCGGCUUUUGGGGACUUACAUACCUUCUUUGGAAAAUUUCUGGCCAGUCGGCGACGGAAAUCAAAAGAGGACUAGAGUCUUUGAAAAGACCCUGGAGGAUUAAUUACGCGAGGAAAAACAAUCCUGAAGACACUGCUUGAACUGCCAUAUCAUAUCCAAAGGAAGUCAUCAGCUCAACACCGGUUCAAUCGGUGUGGCCCAAUCUCGGGCAUCACAAAGUGCUGCAGGAGCCAUGCUCGAGUGCUUUGCAGAGUUGUGGGUGGUUUGGGGGAUCCUUUGUGUGGGAGGACUGAUGGAAGACGGUCGAAAUAUUGAUCAAUUGGUCAUUCUGAUUACUCUGAAAAAUUGUGACUAGUUACAAGCUUUGAAAUAAG